AUGUCAUCCAAGUCGACCAGGUUGGGUCUGCAGCUCAUCCAGACUCGUCCAGUCUUGACUGCUUCCAAAAAUGUCUCGCCGUAUUCACGAUGCAACGUUUCAACAGCAGCUCUCAUUCCGCAAAGUCGACAACGCCUACCGGCGUCUACACGCACGCGGAUAGCAGCCAACCCGUCCUCCACCACCAACAACCCAUCAUCCUUCUUCACCCCAUCCUUGUGCCGAACUCGCAAUGCAUCGACCACCGCGGCCACCCCAAGCUCCUCCUCAAAUGCAAUGGACUGGAACACAUUCUUCCGUCUUCGUACUUCUCGGCGACGAUACGCUCUCACUUCGUCCAUCCUGACCUCGGUUGGCGCUACCGCCGCGGCAGUGAUUACAUUCUCUGAAGUACCCGAUAUCGCCGACAACAUCACCAAGAUCAUCCCCACGGAUCCCUUUAUUAGCAUGGGAGUGGCGACCUUUGGAGCGACGUUCUUGGGAUGGCUCAUCGGUCCUGCUUUUGGCAACGGUGUCUGGCGGGUGCUGCACCGCAGUCGUCUGCCGGAAUUCACCAUCAAAGAGCGAGCCUUUUUCGAUAGGAUAAAGAAACACAGAGUCAACCCCACCGGAGCCAGCACCAACAACCCGGUGCCCGACUUCUACGGCGAGAAGGUGAACAGCGUGGCCGGAUACCGACGGUGGUUAAAAGAUCAAAGAGCUUUCAAUCGGAAGAGGGGAGGAAAGUAUCCUUCGACGGUGUAG